AUGGUCCGCACCUCCGUUCUCAACGACGCUCUCAAGAGCAUCAACAAUGCCGAGAAGGCCGGCAAGCGCCAGGUCCUGAUCCGACCUUCCUCCAAGGUCAUUGUCAAGUUCCUGCAGGUCAUGCAGAAGCACGGAUACAUUGGCGAGUUCGAGGAGGUCGACGACCACCGCUCUGGCAAGAUCGUUGUCCAGCUCAACGGCCGUCUCAACAAGACCGGUGUCAUCUCUCCCCGCUACAACGUCAAGCUGGCCGACCUCGAGAAGUGGACCGUUAGGCUACUGCCCUCUCGUCAGUUCGGCUACGUCAUCCUGACCACCUCCGCUGGUAUCAUGGACCACGAGGAGGCCCGUAGGAAGCACGUCUCUGGCAAGAUCAUCGGUUUCUUCUACUAG